CCCCUCUAAAACCCCGCUACAGCGUGUCGGCCGGCUUGCCGACCGACAUGUUCUAGUCGGCGUCGGACGCCCGAUUUAUACGCGCGCGCACCGUAAACACAAACGCGAUGUCUUCGCGCCAGUUUUGGUUGGAGUUCCUUCAACUCUACAGAAGUUUUCCAUGUUUGUGGGACACCAAUGACCCUGCUUAUCUUCGUAGGCAUGAGAGGAAACAAGCCUAUGAUGUCUUACUGGCUAAAGUUCAAGAAGUCGAUGAGACUGCAAAUGUACUCAUGGUGAAAAAGAAGAUUGAUAGCUUCAGGACUUCGUUUAGAAGAGAAGAGAAGAAAGUCAUACAGAGUUUGCAAGCUGGAGACGAGAUCUACAUUCCUACUUUGUGGUAUUAUAAGGAAUUGGAAGAUUUUCUCAGCAGCGUCAAUGUAGAUGAUCAUAGAAAUUCUACGAUGUCAGUCACGUCGUACGAGAAUGACAAUGAAAAUGAUGAUGAAUCACAGUGUAUGGAAAUGGAGCAAUUAGAAGAAUCAUCAGAAGGAGAAGAAGAGGAAUGCGAGCAGAAAUAUUCACCACCAUCACCAACACCGGCAAAAAGGCGGAAAAUUCCUAAACCAAUCAUAAUCACGAGGAAAGAGCAAGACAACUCUAGAAUCUUUGCCCAACCGCUGUCUGUACCACAGACUGAAGAAGAAGACGAUUGUGCAACGUUCGCAACACACCUCAAAGUACAAAUGAGAAAUAUAAACACAGAACAAAAGUACAUAGCCCAGAAAUUGAUAUCUGAUGUCAUGUUCUUAGCUAGAACAAAUCGUCUUACUUACAAUUCUAGUAUCAAUUCGAACCUGACUUACAAAACUCUCACUUUGCCUUCAAAAUCUAGUACUUCCAUCACUGUCACUCCUGAUCUUCCGACGAGACAUGAUAGCUCUAGUGCUAUUCCUAUUAAAAUUAAGACUUAUGAACAAUAAUUACAAAUAUAGGUACAUUAAUUAUUAUGUUUUUGGCUUACUCACGUAGCUGUUUGACUGAC